UGCAGCAUCGUCCACUGACAACUUCACUUGAGUGCCCUCGUGGACUAUCUUUUAUGAGUGGAAUUAGUGAUCGUACUUGAUUACCAUUUCCGCUUCACACUAGCUGAUCCAGCUUAUUGUUUGGCUAGUUCUGCUACACAUUUAUUUCGAAUUUUUGAUGCAGUCUUAAACAAUGGAUAAGCUGAACAGAUCCAAGCUGAAGGAUGCAAAGAAGUUAUAUCAAAGCGGUAACUAUCAUGCUUCUCAUGAACUUAUCCAGGAGAUUCUCAUUUCCGAUCCCAAGAACUACAAUGCAAUCGUCUUAGACGGUGCUUGUUGUGACCGCUUGGACAUGGAAGAAGUGGGCAUGGACCUGUUCCAUCUUGCCACCCAGAUCCAGCCAGAUAACUCCAUGGCUUGGCAAGGUUUACUCCAACUGGGCCGGAAGAAUAUGGAUCGAUAUUACGAGACCCUUGUGUGCACCUGUCUGAAACUGCUUCAUUUUUAUUCGGAGUGAGUGAUCACUUUUGGGCUUCUUUAUCGUUUACAUGCUUCCUUAUGCAUCU